AUGUCUUCAAAUGCUUCCAUUACUGAUCCCCCGGCGUUGAAGGACGUCUAUUCUGGCGUUCCUCUCCGUGUCUUUCAGGAGGCUAAAGAAAUGAAAACCCGUCUCUAUUCUCACCCAGGCAAUACCCCUCGAGAGUCGUACUUAACCCAGGCACUUCCUCCAUUCACGUCCGCUUCUCAAUUCAACAUCGCGAUUGACAAGCUCCGAGAGAUAGUUGGCGCUGCAAAUGUCGAGCUUGUUGGGGGCCAAAAAGUUCAAGACGGGUGGUAUAUGGAGCACCCCAAAACGCACGACGCCUUUUCCAUCUUUGACAGAGGUGAUUUGGUGCCCUCGUCUAUAGUUUCACCAGCCUCUACUGCAGAGGUCUCGGCUAUUGUCAAAUGGGCAAAUGAGUUCAAGAUCCCUAUUUACCCUAUAUCUCUCGGCCGAAAUUGGGGUUACGGCGGUGCAUCUCCUCGAGUACGAGGAUCCGUUGUUGUGGAUUUGGGCAGAAGGAUGAACAAGGUCCUGAAUAUCAACAAGGCCUCUGCAACCGUUCUCGUGGAGCCUGGCGUGACGUACUUCGCGCUUUACGAAAAACUCCAGGAGGUUGCGCCAGAGCUGUCAAUGGAUUGCACAGACAUCGGCGGAGGCAGUGUUCUUGGAAAUGCCUGCGACCGUGGAUUAGGAUAUGGUUACGGGCCUUAUACAGACGGUAUUUUCAGCCAGGGAAACUAUGGCAUCGUUACGAAAAUGGGGUUUUGGCUCACGCUAAAGCAGCCAGCUCAAUCCUUUCUUGUCAGCUUUGAGCGAGAGGAAGAUUUUCCCGAGAUCAAUGAGCUGGUGAAGGACCUACUGAGGCGUCUGUUCUUCUCACCCAUCGUGCCAAAUGGUGAGAAAUACUCGAGAUUGAUCACGAACAUCAUCGAUUCCAUCGUCGAAAAACACGGAUUCGACAACUCCAAAUCGUGGUGUGCUCUUCCACGAGAGACACGCGUGGUUGUGGGGCUUUUAUACAACGUCGAGGACAAGAAGCAAAAAAAGAAUGCCUUUGCAUGCAUGCGAGAGUUGAUAGAGAGCUGCAGAAUUCACGGCUUCGGAGAAUACAGAACCCACACUCUUCUAGCGGAUCAAGUCGCGCGCUCCUACAACUGGAACGACGGCGCACAGCUAAAGUUCCACGAGCUGCUGAAAGACUCCUUGGACCCUAAUGGAAUACUGGCCCCGGGGAGAUGCGGAAUCUGGCCUGCAAUUUACCGCAAUGAUAAGGAGCAUAAGUGGGCGAUCACCUACGAUGACGGCCCCGACGUUGAGAGCUCGGUUAGGCCAAGGAUGGUCGGAAGCCAAAUUUGA